AUGAUGAAGAAGAAGAAACAGAGCAGAUCACAAUCUUCGAACAAGAUAAAUCUUGAACCAUUCCAAGAUUCUUCACCUUCACCUAGACUCCUAUCCAUUUUCCGUUCUAAGUUGGCAAGUGGUAAAGACUUGAAGCAUAUGUUCAGAGGCAUGAGGAGUAAAACAGUGCCCGGAUUGUCUUCUCAAUCUAGAAUCGUGAGAUGUCCAAAGUGUCAGAAGCUUCUCCAAGAACCGUUAGAUGCAACUUCCUACAAAUGCGGUGGAUGCGACUCGAUUCUUCAUGCAAACCGUUGGGCACUGGAAGGCAACGAUAAGACUAUUCCCGAGGCUCUCCUUUCUUCUGAAAACCGCAGUUUCAAAACCAAGGAUGAAUCUGCAGAAGGUGGUAGUAAAACUCCAAUGAGGAAUACUCACCGAGAGUACAAUUCAAGGGCAUCGGCUUCUGUUGAAAGAAGUCGUUCAGAAACUGUCUACAAGCAUGAGACAUCCGAUAUUCGCAGAGAAUGGAUGAGAAGGGCUGAUGAGUUCAGUGUGACUGAGGAUUCUGAUGCGUUUGCUUCAGCAAGAAGCUCUCCUUAUUAUAAGUCACAUAGCAAUGCCUCGGAGUGGACACAACAUGAGGGGAGAUACAAAGAUCAGCCUCGGGUUCCUUUCUAUCCAGCAAGUCCUUCCCCUUCUUCUGCAUAUGAAUAUGGCUACAAUAGUCCUUUUCAUGGUUCUCAAGUUUCUGCAUCCGAGCAGUCUUAUUAUCAUUAUCAACCAAACCAAUUCAAGCAAUACGGAAGAGAAAGAGAAGGCUGGUUUCAAGAGCCUUCUGUUGCUUCACCGGCUCAUUUUCCGGGAGAGACAUCUGACGGAAAGUACUAUCGUUGGCCUGCUCAGUCUCAGCUCCACGACCUUCAGUAUCAUAAUCUCUAUGAAUCCAAUAGCUCUGCAGCCCCACCUCGCUCUGUGUACUCUGAGCUUAGCUAUCAAACAGCUGCAGUGCCACAUCGCUCCAAGAGUGAUACAAGCAGUGAGAAGAGCUCUAUUAGUGACAGAAAAAGGUAUGUCAGGGCGAGGAAACCAGUGGCGAAGCGUCAUAUUCUUCCUUCAGCGGGAGGUGCGCCUUUUGCAACUUGUUCCUAUUGCUUGGAACUUCUACAGCUUCCUCAGGUGUCUCCCCACGGAAAAGAUAAGAGAUAUCAAGUGAGAUGUGGCAGUUGUUCCGGUGUAUUUAAGUUCUCUGCUCGAGAGGAAGCAGAUAUUGUUCUCGAUUCACCUAGCUUUGUGGAUUCCAGCACGGGUUUUGCUAAUGACACUAAUCAUCAGGGUUCAGAUUCAGAAGGCCAUGAAGAGAUUUAUCCAGAUGAAAGUCAUCUGUCGUGUUCAGACAAUGGCUCUGGAGACGCAAUCUGCAAAAGCACUGAUGAUGUUAUCUUGAGUCGGAAUCUGAAAACAUUUGAGGAUAGGCGGAAUAUAUCAAAUGAAUUUUUUUAUUCAAAAGUAGAGGCAUUGCAGCCUCAGCUAAAACCUUUGGUGAACCAAAUGUCAAGGGAGCAACAACCUGCAUCAGCUGAGACUAUUGGAGAGACUUCAAGGUUUCAUCUAGAGCAAUAUCAGGAAGCUCACACAGAGAAGUUAACUACGAUAGAUAAAAAGAUUAGAAUUGAGUACCAUUUAGAGGAGUCUGGAUAUCAGAAGAACGAAACUCUUGAUCCAGAAGAGAUGGUUGAAGAUGAUGAGUCGUUGGAGGUUCCAGUAUACAAGAACGAAAGGAUGAGUGAAUCAAGUGAAGAAGCUGAGAUAGUUGCAGAGAGGCCGGUAUCUCAUAGUGUGGAACCUAUAAACAUGAACGAAUACGUCAGUGAAACACGCGUACACGCUGAGAACGCCAGAGACACUCACAAGUUUGAUGGGGAGGAGACUCAUGAAAAUGAAGAAUAUGGAGGUGAAAAAACAUGGGGAGAGAUCAUAGGAGACAAACCGGGGUUACAUUUGGAGAAAACUCAAUACUGUGGUUCUACAAGUGAUAGCAGCUCCAGCAAUGGUGAAACAUUUGAGGAUACAGAAGUCAAGGAAGAUAUGAAGCACAUGUCAAACACAUUUUCAGAUGCAAUGUCAGCUACACCAGAGUCUCCCCUGAAAUCUUUGGUAAACGAGAGCCAGAGCUUUACAGGACAUCCCAACCAAUCAGGCGAGGCUACAGUCACAAUAUCCAGGAUCCAUGAGGAACAGUCCAAGCAUGAGGAUGAGAACAGUAGCCAAGAAUUGGAUAAGACCAUUAGUGACAGAGCCAGGUAUGAGUUAGAGGAGGUUGGAUAUGAGACAAAUGUUGAGCCAGGCAAAGUGGGGGGAGAUGGAUCUGUUGUUUCUCUCAGGAAAACGACUGAAACAUGCAAAAUAAUCGUAGAAGACGAAACAGGUGAAGAGAGUUCGGUAUUGCAUCCAAUGGAUUCUCAAAAAGAGACCGCAGCAGAUUCCUAUGGAACACUAGAACCAGUUUAUCUAGAAGGAAGCGGGUAUGCAGGUGAAAGAUUGUGGUCACAGACAAUGGAAGAUAGAGCAGGGCUGCAUCUGGAGGAAUAUGAAAGCAACUAUGAGAAUUACAGCAAACCACUUGAAUGCACUUCAGAAAGAGCUCCAAUACUUUCUAUGAAUGAGUAUGAGAUAGGGACAAUACUUGAACCAGACGAGGAUGCUGAUAGAAGAUCAGAAUCCAGCUCAAGGGGUUCCUUCAAUGACCAUGGCAGUUCAGAAGAGAGUGCUGUGUUGCAUGAGUCUCAAGAUGCUAAAACAGAGCAGUCACAGUAUGAAUAUGAGAACUCAGGCGAAAGACAAAAGUUGAGUAACACCGUUUUUGACAUAGCAAGGUCUGAGUUGCAUGAGUGUAGAUACGAGACAAAUGAAAAGCUUGAGCCAGGCAAGAUAGUCGGAGUAGGAUUUGUUGUUUCUCUGGAGAACGCGAGUGAAACAAUCAUAGGCAGGACUGACGAAGAGAGGACAUUAUCUCAUCAGAUGGAGCCACAAAAUGAGAAUGUGGCAAAUUCCUACGGAACAGUAGAACCAGUUUAUCUGGAAAGAAGCAAAUAUGCAAGUGAAAGAACAUCGGGAGAGACAAUGGGAGACGAAGCCGGGUUGCAGUUGGAGGAAUAUCAAAGCAAUCCAUUUGAAUGGACUUCGCAAAGAGCUCCAACAUUUCGUUUGCAUGAGUACGAGCUAGAGACAAUGCCUGAACCAGACGAGGAUGUUGAUGGAAGAUCAAUAUCCCGUUCAAGGGAUUCCUUCAAUGACCAUGAAAGUUUAAAAGACAGAGCUGUAUCUCAUGAGGAGGAGCCCUGGCUGCUGGAUGAGAACAAAACCGAAGCGCUAAAAGUUUGUGAAAUGGUGGAAGAUGGACCACAGCUUCACGUGGAGAAGUGCGAAAAUGAAUCAAUGAAAUCGGAAGAGAUAUUUGAAUGGACUUCAGAAAGAGCUUUAACAUUUCGUCUGCAUGAGUAUGAGCCAGGGACGAUGCUUGAACAGGAUGAAGAUGCUGAUGGAAGAUCAGAAGCUAGCUCAAGGGGCUCCUUCAACGACCAUGGAAGUUCAAAAGAAAGACCGAUGACUCAUGAAGAGGAGCUUCGAAUGGUGGAUCAUUAUGAAAGCAAAGCCGUAAAAGUAGGCCUAACGGUGGAAGAUGGACAUCCACUGCACUUGGAGAAUGGCGAAAAUGCAACAAUGGAGUUGGACGAGGUACUUGAACCAAGGGAUGAUAGAUUCAGGCUCUGUCCCGAUGACACACUUGAGCAAGAGAGGAUGAUGUUUCAUUUAGAGAUGUCUCAAGAUAAGCAAGAGAAUCCAAGGCAGACCUUUAAACAAGAUGACAGUGAAGAAGAUAUACCAGCAUCUGGUUCAACGGUAUCUUCAGAGGACCAGGAAUCUCCAAGUAAAAUGGCAGAAGUAGAUAGUGAAUCUAAAGAGGAAACAUUGGGAGACCAUUUAAAGCACUUGCCGAAAGAGAAUGAGAAGUCAGGACUAACCUCUGAACCAUAUCCUCGUAACUACAGCGCAACGGAGCCUUCUGAAAUCGUGGGUUUGCGGCAUGCGUUAUAUCAAACGCAAAGUUCACCUCUACGGUCACCUCUCACUUCACCAAUUCAUACUCCCAUUGGUUCUCCACUGCAUUACAUGAUGAGUUCACAAAUACGUUCUCCAAUGCAUUCCCACAUAGUUUCACCGCUGCGUUCUCCCAUCCACGCAUCUGGAUCACUCUCUGAUGUAUUGUUCUUCGGCAAGAAAAGUUAA